CGAGGAGGAAGAUGCCCUGCGUGCUGCGCUGAAGGAACAUUUAGCACAGGAGCCCGCAGAUAAAGAUGACAGGCAUCAAUGGGAGCAGCAGAGAAAGAGGUUCCUGGAACUAUUCCCUCAGUUGAAAAGGAGACUUGAAGAAGACAUCAGGAAGCUUCGCGGUCUCGCUGACCACAUCGACGAGGUGCACAGGGGCUGCACCAUCUCCAAUGUGGUGUCCAGCUCUGCUGGCUUUAGCGCUGGAGCCCUGGGCCUCUGUAGUUUAGCUCUGAUUCCCUUUACAGCAGGGGCCAGUCUGGCGCUCCCAGCAAUUUCCUUGGGGCUGGGAGUGGCAGCAUCUGUAAAUAGUCUUGCAACCACCGUUGUGGAAGAAGUAAACAGACUGUCAGAUGAGUCUGAAGCCACGCGCCUGGUGGGAGCCAGCAUGGACAGUCUGGAUGAGAUUAUGAAGAUCACGCCCAAGAUGAGUGUCAAUCUUUAUAAAACACCUGCAGAAGUUGUUGAUGCCUUGAGGUCCCUCAGGGUUCAUUUCCAAGCUCUCAGGAUAGCCAGAGCCAGCGCUCGCUCUGCCCAAGGUUCUAGGCAGGUAGGAAGGGUUUCAUCCAGCUCUCUUCUCCCAAUGACCAGAGGAGCCAGGAUAAGAGCAGCGAGCUUUACAGGUAUCUUCCUUGUGUUGGAUGUGUACAACCUUGUGACUGACUCAAUGCAUUUGUAUGAUGGGGCAAAGACAGAGUCGGCUGGAGCACUUCGGGACCUGGCUCACAAGCUGGAAGAGAAGUUACCUAAAUUUAAGAAGAUCCACAAGGCUCUAUAGUAAGACCUGCCUCAGUGACCCCACCCCAGGCUCUCCAGGUGGCAUUGGCUCUGCUUGUGUCCUUGCAGUUAGAGCUAGAUGUGUCCUAAUCCACACCA